AUGAAGUGGAUUUGUCUUUUGGCUUUGGUUUUUGCUUACGUUGCAUCACAAUGUAAUGAUAAGGGAUGGGAAUGUCCGCUUAGGGCUAAUUUGUGUAACAAUCAGGUAAGACAGGGUAUUGUAAGGUAAGGCAAGUAGAGUAAAGUAGAGUAGAGUAAGAUAGGGCAGAGUAAGGUUAGAUAAGGUAGGCUAGGGUAGGGUGGAUUACGAUAAGGUACUCUAGAGUAUAGUGAGGCCCGGCAAGAAUGAUAAAGCAAAAAUGUGUUUUGCGAUGUGGUAAAAGGCGUUACGGUUGAGUACGCUGAAGUACGGUAAAUAAAAAAGGGUACAGUGCUGGUACGGUCGGUAGGUCUUGGUAAGAAUAAAUUACGGUAGGUACAGUGCGGUGUUCUAGGAGAUAGUAGAAAAGUAGUAUCUGAUACGAUAGACACCAGUAAAGCACGAUCAGGUAAAAAAAUAUGCAAGUUACAAUAGAUAGGGAAGGGUAAAGUUGAAAAAUUUGAAGAUUUUCUUGAUUUUUUAAAAUUUAAGCUGUACAUCCCUCUGAUGAACGACCAAUGCCCAAAAACAUGUAAUCGUUGCCCAGCUGGAGGCGCAAGCGGUUCUGGAGGCAGCGGUACUGCUGGAAAUGGCAGUGCGGCUGGUAGUGGUGCAGGUGCAGGCGGCGGCGCUUGUAAUGAUGGUGGACCGGACUGUGCUAAGAGCCAGUAUUUGUGCACUGUGCCGGUAAGAUUAUGUUAGCUUGAAAUAAAAUGACUAUAAAGCUGGAACAAGAUGAAAUAAUUAAUGCAGUAACGUAGUUAAAGUAUGCUACAGAAAAACGUCAGGUGUAACAUGUUUGUAGAAUACUAAGAGUUAAGAAAAGUAGUGUUACCUAAGUUUAUAUUUCAGGCUUAUGCAACCUUCAUGGCCAAGGAAUGUGCUCAAACUUGUGGAAAAUGCGGAUAA